AUGGCUGUUGUUGAGUCACUUCUGCAGGUUGCCAGCACAGGCGCAUUGCUCAGUGCUUUGCUGUUGUUACUGGUUUGGUAUUUAGUUUCACCUGAAUCCAGAUAUCAGAAAAAAGGAAAAAAGCCACCAGGACCCAAACCACUGCCGCUGCUGGGGAAUCUACUGAUCAUUGACCUCACAAGGCCCUUUGACACUUAUUUUAAGCUGUCAAAAACCUAUGGAAAUGUAUUCCAAGUGUUUUUGGGGCCCAGAAAAACUGUAGUCCUAGUUGGAUACAAAACGGUCAAAGAAGCACUUGUGAACUACGCAGAAGCGUUUGGUGAUCGAGAAAUUGGACCUGGUUUCAGGACGAAGAACGACGAACAUGGAAUCCUCUUUUCCAAUGGAGAGAACUGGAAAGAGAUGCGACGCUUUGCUCUCAGCAACCUGCGGGACUUUGGAAUGGGCAAAAGAGGAAGUGAAGAGAAAAUCAUUGAAGAAAUUCAUUACGUCAAAGGAGAAUUCGAUAAGUUUGAAGGGAAACCCUUUGACACAACACAGCCUGUGAACUACGCUGUGUCAAACAUCAUCUCGUCUAUUGUGUACGGCAGCAGAUUUGAAUACACAGACCCUCGAUUCACAGAAAUGGUUGAUAGAGCAAAUGAAAAUCUUCGUCUUCGGGGAUCAAUUUCUUUGUUGCUUUACAAUAUAUUUCCCUGGUUGGGUCCAUUUCUGAAAAACAGCAAGGUUGUUGUAAAUAAUAUUAUCCAAAGAAGAACGCAGAUAACAAAGUUAAUCAAUGCUCUACUGGAGACUCUGAAUCCACAUGACCCCAGAGGCUUUGUUGACUCCUUUCUCAUCCGCAAACUGAGCGAUGAGGAAUCUGGAAAGAAGCACUCAUACUUUCAUGAGAAGAAUCUGACAAUGACUGUGGGAAAUCUGUUUGUCGCUGGUACUGACACCACAGGAACAACUCUGCGCUGGGGUCUGAUGCUCAUGGCCAAAUACCCCCAGAUACAGGAUCGAGUUCAAGAGGAGAUUGACAGAGUGAUUGGCGGACGUCAGCCAGUGGUGGAAGACAGGAAGAAAUUACCAUAUACAGAUGCUGUGAUUCAUGAAAUUCAGAGAUUGGCCAACGUAGUGCCGUUGAGUCUUCCACAUAAAACUAGCUGUGACGUUACCUUCAAUGGAUACUUCAUCAAGAAGGGGACCACUGUUAUUCCUCUGCUGACGUCUGUUCUGAAGGAUGAAAGUGAAUGGGAGAAACCAAACAGCUUUUACCCAGAACACUUCCUUGAUGAGAAGGGUCAGUUCAUCAAGAGAGAUGCUUUCAUGCCCUUUUCUGCAGGGCGCAGGGUUUGUCUGGGAGAGAGUUUGGCUAGGAUGGAGCUCUUCCUGUUCUUCACGUCUCUCCUUCAGAGCUACCGCUUCACAACUCCACCUGGAGUGUCUGAGAAUGAGCUAGAUCUCAUAGGAAUUGUUGGAAUCACGUUGAAUCCGUCUCCACACAAGCUGUGUGCAAUCAGACGCUCCUGAUCCAAGAAAAUAUCAGCAGCCGAAGUCUUGUUCACACACCCUUCAGACUACAUGACUUGAUUUUGUCUAUUAAAUCUGUGUUUUUUCAAACAAUGCAACACUAUGGAAAUGAACCACAACUCUGUCACCCAACAGCUCCGAAACCACAUCCAAUAGAGGGCGGAGUCACCAGAAAGAACAGAACACUAUUGGCUGCUGUGUGAUGAUGACAUCACUGACACAGCAUUUGAAAUCUUCCUGAAUGGGAGCAUAUCUCAGCGGAUCGAACACUCGUUUAUCUGCAUGGUUCAGCUGACAGACAUGCUAGAUAAGAGGUGCGUUUGACUUCAUGCAGAGCUGCGCAGAUCGAUCGAAAUCUGUCUUAAAGUGGUGCAUGCUAGUUAAAAAUUUUGUCUGGAUUGAUGCUGACUGUCACAUGACUGUCACAUGUGGCAUCAAAGUAUCGCGACAGCGCUCCGAGAUCAGACGACUGAUUCAGCCGGAGCAGCAUCUGAAGUGCGACUGCAGGAGCUGCGAUGACGAUAUUACACGAUUGGAUGAGUUCACAGCAUGACAACAACUACGUGUGUUUCAGGUUUAUUACUGGACAAGUUCCGUCUCCCAAAUUUCAAAACAAACAGACAUUCCCUCUCUAUCUUGUA